GCAACGUAUCUUUUUACUGGGCUGUCGGGCGGGAUUUCCGCAAUUGCUAAUAAUAUGGCGAAGACGUACGAUUACUUGUUUAAACUACUGUUAAUCGGCGAUUCUGGCGUUGGAAAGACGUGUGUCUUGUUCAGGUUUUCAGAAGAUGCCUUCAACUCAACGUUUAUCUCCACAAUAGGUAUAGACUUUAAAAUUAGAACAAUAGAACUAGAUGGAAAGAAGAUCAAGCUACAGAUAUGGGACACAGCUGGCCAGGAGCGAUUUCGAACAAUCACAACAGCAUACUACAGAGGAGCCAUGGGCAUUAUGUUGGUCUACGAUAUCACUAACGAGAAGUCCUUUGACAACAUCAAGAACUGGAUAAGGAAUAUAGAGGAGCAUGCCUCUGCAGAUGUAGAGAAGAUGGUGUUGGGCAACAAAUGUGAUGUCAAUGACAAGCGACAGGUGUCCAAAGACCGAGGGGAGAAGUUGGCUUUGGAGUAUGGUAUCAAGUUUAUGGAGACCAGUGCAAAGGCCAACAUCAAUGUGGAGAAUGCAUUUAUGACUCUUGCUAGAGACAUCAAGGCGAAAAUGGACAAGAAACUGGAGGGCAACAAUCCACAGGGCAGCAGUCAGGGGGUGAAGAUUACAGAACAGCCCAAGAAGAGUAGUUUCUUCCGCUGCACCCUUCUGUAGGACAUUUAUUGUCCAUAGCUGGACAAAACUGGACUGGGCUUGCUCAGAGCUCUUUUUUUUUUUGCCCUGUUCCCAUCCCUCUAGUUCUGCAUAUCCCAGGCCUUUUGUGGCAUUUAGCUUUUUUUUUUUUUUUCACCAUCUGCCCCCCAGUUUACAAACGGUAGCAUUCAUUGGUCGGGUGGAUCAAUCAGGGUUCUUUCGAUGGGUGUGAGAUGGCGAUAUACUGGGCUCUAUACUCCAUCAUGCACUUCUAUCGUAAUUACAAGUUGCUUUCUUUUCUCCCUUCCAUCUCUGUCCUCUGCAACAGGCAUUGUUACAAAUACCUAUGUUGCUCAGUGCUUCCACUGCUGCCAAGUUGAUCCAUAGUGAGGUUUUAUCUCAACAUGUAUCGACCGAAUCCUUAAAAGCAGUUGUCCUAUUCCAUGAUUAUUUAACUGCAUAUGUCUUCUGAGGUUUUUGCACUGCCAUUUAGGGACCGUGUAGAUUUAUUUCAAAUGUGUCAUAAUGCAGCCUUUCCCUUUCUUAAAUGAUAGUUAUUCUUUGUCCUACCUUGACAAUCCCAAUUUGUAUCCAACCAGUAACACCCGAGAACGCAACUUGUGUAUAUUUUUAAGACAUUAUUUUUGAAAACUUGCUAAUGUCACAGUUUUACCAUGUAUACAGUUCAGUAAAGAGGGACCAUCUUAACAACUUACCUUAAAUUGGCUUCUGCACUGAGUAUUUCACAUGUAUUUACCAUUAUGAAGUUCAGAUCAUGUUAUGUGGAAGGUUUAUCCAACUUAUAAACAAAUCUAUUUGAAUGUUAGAACAAUUCGUUGUGCUGGUAGUUAAAUAUUGUUACUGUGUACUCUUGCACUUUACUAGUGAAAUUGGCUUCACUGCUUACAAUUGGCAAAUGUAUGUUAUUUGGGUCCCUGUGGAGAAUAAACAUAGCCCAUCUAACAAUGGACAUGCUAAGGAUGUCCAGGGGACCUUCACACAACCUCCUGACAUUCCAGGGACUCCCUAACAAUUCUUUUGUUUGCAGGGACGUCAGUAUUCAUUAAUAUUCAACAAUUACAUUCCAGAAUUUAUUCCAGUGGCACUUAGUUGAAAUCUGUUCCAAAAUCGCAUCAGUCUGCUGUAGUUGGACGUUAAUUCUAAUAUAAUGAUUGAAUGCAUCAAUUUACCAGUUGUUUUGUUUUGGCGUUCAAUGUGUGUUUUUAUAUAAAUCCACUUUGAAGUAAAUAGCACCCCGUUGCCCCAAAUAUAUAUUUUUUAAUAUGAAAUAGAAAUUGCUGAGAAAUUGUCCUUUGGGUGGUGGUAAUUGCUUUAUCGUCAAGUUUGAUGAUUUACAAAGUAUUAUGCACCUUUUCGUGUUCUAACUUAUAAGCCUAUUCCAUAUUAUUUACUAUUUGUUUAUAAUAAUCUAAGUCUAUUCCAUAUUGUUUACUGUUUGUUUAUAAUUGUGAUACUGUUCAGGUGCAGAUUUGUGGCCUUUUGUAACUUUCAAAACCUGUAUCAUUCUAUGUUGUCAGUUCUUGUGGCAUAAAAUUACAGUAACAAUAUCACUUAA